AUGGGGCCGGGACAUUUAUUUUAUUUUUUGGCUGCGCUAGCACUUAUCCAGGCCAGCGAAGUUUCACCAAAGAAAGACACUGAUGAGGUUACAGUAGUAAAGUCCGGACCGAAAACAGAUCCUGAAAUUGUUGCUGACGCUCGACAAGCUCGCCAGUACGGACCGUACCAGGGACAAAACAACAAUGAAGUGGUUGUAGAUAUAGAAGAUGAAGACAAGACUCAGUAUUAUGAGACCAAUUACGAUACAAGUUCGUAUGGUUUCGGUUACGAUGUCGGUCCGAAUGGCCAGUUCCACCAUGAGAACCGCGGACCAGAUGGAGUCACUUACGGUUGUUAUGGGUAUGUUGACCCUGACGGCUACCUACGUGCUACUCAUUACGUUGCUGACAGCCACGGUUACAGAGUGGUCGAACCUGAGAAGCCUGUCGAAGUGUUCCCUGAUGAAAAAUACGAAUACGACGAAGCGACUGAUGGUCAAGCUGUAAACACACAGCCUGGUCAACUUAUUCCAUGGAAAAAGCUGUAUUUCCCGAAAGGGUGUGGUCGCACCCCCGGUGGUGUACCAGCCAAGCCUCUACCUAAACCUACUCCAAAACCGCCUAAACCUGUGGACAGCAGUGGUAGCGGUAGCAACUUAAACCCUGUAAAACCAGGCCAAGGACCCAACGGACCUAACGGUGGACAAUGGCCUGGAGGCAGUGGUACGCCAGGCACUCCCGGUACACCAGGAACACCCGGCACACCAGGCGGACCAGGUGGUCCAGGUGGACCAGGAGGACCAGGCUCUGGUGGAUACCCAGGCAGCGGUGGCACCUCCGGCACUCCAGGUACUCCCGGUUCCCCAGGUACCCCCGGCACACCUGGUUAUCCAGGAACAGGAGCCUAUCCCGCCUACCCUGGAUCAGGAACAGACGAAUACUACCCAGGACAACCUACUGGUCCAGACGGCGCAUACUAUCCAGGAGCGACAGGGCCAGGAUACUAUCCCGGUACACCAGGGACUCCAGGAACACCAGGCUCUCCAGGUGGACCAGGUGGUCCAGGCGGACCAGGUGGUCCAGGCGGUCCAGGAGGUCCUGGUGGUCCUUCGGGCUCAGGCGGAUAUCCAGGAAAACCAGGAUUACCCGGCACACCGGGAGGUUCCGGCGGCCCUAGUGGACCAGGUGGCCCAGGCGGUGAUUCAGGACCAUCAGGCCCGAAUGGCAUCGGCUAUUACCCAGGACAACCUGGAAGCCCCGGCUCACCAGGUUCUCCAGGCGGCCCAGGAGGACCAGGAGGCCCAGGUGGACCAGGCUCGCCAGGUGCACCAGGUAGCCCAGGAGGACCAGGAGGUCCAGGUGGGCCAGGAGUACCUAGUGGACCUAAUGGACCUAGUGGUCCCGGUGGUUAUUACCCCGGCUAUCCAAGCAAACCCGGCACUCCAGGAACACCAGGUACACCAGGUACACCAGGAGGACCAGGUGGUCCAGGAGGUCCGGGAGGACCAGGUGGACCGGGAGGACCAGGUGGACCAAGUGGACCAGGUUCACAACCCGGUCUGCCUGGAUACCCACCUCAACCGGGACAGCCAGGAUACCCAGGACAGGAAGGACAACCAGGACAACCUGGCUACCCAGGAUAUCCUGGUCAAGGUGGAGAGCCCGGCAAACCUGGACAACCAGGAUAUCCAGGUCAACCUGGUAAACCAGGUCAACCAGGAUACCCAGGUCAAGGAGGACAACAAGGCGGACCAGGGCAACCCGGAAAACCUGGACAACCCGGUCAACCUGGACAGCCUGGAUACCCAGGACAACCCGGUCAGCCUGGAUACCCAGGACAACCGGGUCAACCUGGACAGACUGGAUACCCAGAACAACCAGGACAAUACCCAGAUUCUGAAGGUUCACCAACUGGUACUGGAGUUCAACCACCUACUACUUAUCCAUCAGGUCAGAUGCCACCUUUCCCAAUAUAUGUUAUACCGUACCCCCUGCCAAUCGUACCAAGCCCGGCAUCAUGCCCAUGCUAUUUACUAAAUCCAGGCCAGAACAACACUACAAGUAACGGCCAACCAACUCAGGCUCCGCAAAGACCACCUAACAAUCAAAACCAGGUAUAUGCACCAUAUGGUAUUAUAGGAUAUAUCCCUGUGGUGUUUGUACCAUAUUGUCCGGGACAAACCUCAAAUAUGGACAGCGCUCAACAAAACUUCCCUGACGCAGUUCCUGUAGAAUAUAAUUGUCCGCAAUGCCAAGCCAACAGAAAUAUUUACCGCUAUUUUGGCAGAUUAAAUGGAGGACGUAGUACUGGCUUCAAGGAUCUCAAAGAGUUAAAAUCUCUUGCGGAACUGGAUGACCUUCUGAAAAAUAAAAUCAAACCUAUGAAAACAAGUAUUCGUAAUAUCGCAGCACAUCCACGAAUUCUCGAAGAUACAAACGAAAAAAGUGUUAAGAAAAUUAAUGAAAAACUUAAAAUUGAGACAAAAAAUGUUGAAAAGAAAAAUGACGAGAACAUUAAAUUAAAUUAG